AUGAAUGCCAUCUUUGCCCGGCUGCACCCUGGGCGGGUGGAGUGGGGCGAUGUGCUGUAUCGGCUGCAGUCACGGGUCCUGCGGACCAAGCCUGUGGACACCAUGCUGGACGGCAGUGGUGCCGACACGCACGGCACGCAGCUGGCACGUGUGCUCACCACCGUGGACCUGGUGUCGCUUGGUGUGGGCAGCUGCGUGGGCACCGGCAUGUAUGUGGUUGCCGGGCUGGUCGCCAAGGAGAUGGCAGGGGCCGGGGUCAUCCUGUCCUUCUGUAUUGCCGCCAUGGCAUCCAUCCUCUCCGGAGUGUGCUAUGCCGAGUUUGGCGUGCGUGUGCCCAAGACAACAGGCUCCGCCUACACCUACAGCUAUGUCACGGUGGGCGAGUUCGUGGCCUUCUUCAUCGGCUGGAACCUGGUGCUGGAGUACCUGAUUGGCACGGCAGCCGGUGCCAGCGCCCUCAGCAGCAUGUUUGACUCACUGGCCAAUCACUCCAUCAGCCGCUUCAUGAUUGACCAUCUGGGCACACUCCAUGGCCUGGGAAAGGGUGAGCAGUCAUACCCAGAUGCCCUGGCCCUCUUUAUUGCCGCCCUGGUCACGGUGAUUGUGGCGUUGGGGGUGAAGAACUCAGUGGGCCUCAACAACAUCCUGAAUGUGGUGAACCUGGUGGUGUGGGUCUUCAUCAUGAUUGCGGGACUCUUCUUCGUCAACCCCUCUAACUGGGGCGAUGGGCGUUUUCUACCCCAUGGGUGGACGGGGGUCAUGCAGGGAGCUGCCACCUGCUUCUAUGCCUUCAUCGGCUUCGACAUCAUCGCGACCACCGGUGAGGAGGCCAAAAGCCCCAACACAUCGAUACCCUACGCCAUCACCGCCUCGUUGGUCACCUGCCUCACUGCCUAUGUCUCAGUGAGUGUCAUCCUGACCUUGCUGGUACCCUACAACAAAAUCGACGGUGAUGCGCCACUCAUGGAGAUGUUCGUGGUGCAUGGCUUCGGCUUUGCCAAAUUUGUGGUGGCGGUGGGUGCUGUGGCUGGACUGACCGUCAGUCUGCUGGGGUCGCUCUUCCCCAUGCCGCGGGUCAUCUAUGCUAUGGCUGGCGAUGGCCUGCUCUUCAGGUUCCUGGCACACGUAAGUCCGUUCACGGAGACCCCAGUGGUGGCGUGCGUGGUCUCAGGCUCACUGGCAGCCAUCCUGGCGUUGCUGGUGAGCCUGCGUGACCUCAUUGAGAUGAUGUCCAUCGGCACGCUGCUGGCCUACACGCUGGUCUCUGUGUGCGUGCUGCUGCUGCGGUACCAGCCCGAGGCUGGUGCCACCACCGUCACCGAGUACCCCCCUGAGGAGGAGGGUGGCGGCGAGGACGAGGCUGAAGGCAAGAUGAGUGAUGGGCCGGCAUUCCAGCAGGGAUCACCAUACCAGGGCGCCACCACUGAGGACGAGUACGAUGGCAUGGGAGACAAUGCCUGUGGUGCCAAGAACCUGCCAUCGGGGGGUGAUGGUGAGAUGCUUUAUGAUGAAGGCCCAGACAACAUAUGCACUGCACUGCUGCGGCGCCUUCUAGGCCCACGGUACCACAUCCUGCGGGCGCGGCUGGGCCUGCCCGGCCGUACUGCCAGGCCCACGCCCGCCACAGGCCGCAUUGUUACCAAGAGUGUGCUGAUGCUCUUCGUGUGGGCCUUCCUGUUCUUUGGUGCUGAGCGCGAAGGUGGCGGCUGGGGGGUGCUCUCUGUGCUGCUGAUGGUGCCUGUGGCCGCCAGCCUCCUGUUGGUCAUCAUGCGACAGCCCGAGAAUCCCCGCAAGCUGCCCUACAUGGCACCCUGUGUGCCCCUGGUGCCGGCCUGCGCCAUCAUCGUCAACGUCUACCUUAUGCUCAAACUGUCUCGCAUCACCUGGAUCCGCUUCGUCGUCUGGUGCUUGCUGGGGUUGGUGAUCUACUUCAGCUACGGCAUGUGGAACAGCAAUCUGGAGCUGCAUGCCCGCGAAGAGGAAGCGAGUGCCAGCUCGUACCAGCGCUACGACGGCGGUGUGGAUGACAGCUUUGGCACAGAGGAUGUGGCCGCUGGCACCCCCUACCCGCAGGAUGAUGAUGAACCAUACCAGGGCUGGGGGGCGCAGCAGGAGGGCGGGUACCAGCAGCAGUACCAGGCAGGCCCGCCGCAGUGGGACGAGGGUGACAGGCGGACCUAGGCGUAUCUCUGGGGAUGGGGGACAGGAUCCUGCUUGCCAGAAGGGGGCACCGGCGAGCAGCUGAGGGCGGGAGCCUGUACCGGGGAAUGCCUACUUUAACCGAGUUAAUGAGUUUUCCUGUACUCUUCCUACUGACACCCAAGUUGAAAUCUCCACAAAAACUAGUAUGAUUUUACAUCUGUUGCCGCAUUACUCACCAGUGGCUUUACUGGUAUGGUGCCAAGCCAGUAAGUGCUCCGUUGGGUAAUGUGGCCUGUACUGGUAGUGCACUGGGUUUCCAAUGGGGUGUCCGUCCCCCAUGUGUGCAUUUGCUGAUGUGCAACUCUACAGUCAAUGAGAGUAGCGGGGUGGCAGAGAAUCCCGCCCCUUCCUGUGACAGCUUCUUGUCCCCCCCGCCCGCCCCAUCCUAGUCAUGUGAUCAGAUAUCACAGAGUGCUGUUUGUAAGUGAUGAUUGUGGUCCACACAUGGUGAUGAUUUAAUUACAAGGUCAGUAUUGAUUUAGCUCCCAUCUGCUGCUGGUGACACAAUUCAAAAGCAAUGGUUUCGUUUAAAAUGAUUCUCUUUUUCAGAUAUUUCUAAUAGAUAUUUCAAUAGUAUGUUUAUUUCAUGGGUUCUGAAACCUUCAAUCUGCACCCCACCUGCCUGUGUGCUUUAUAAGUAUGAAGUCAGGAUGGACCGUACCCCCAUAACCAUAUGUGCAUGGAGAAGCACACCCCCCCCCAGGCACUCAUGCGUAUGCUUAUUUCUGAUUGCCCUGUUCAGGGGGGCUACACACUGGGCCUCUCACUGCUCAGAUCGCAGCUGUGUUUCAGUGUGUCGGUUUAUCCCCUAGUAUCAUAGAUGCGUCAAUUUGUAACCGGGACGGGGCAUUCCCCCCCACCCCCGAAAGAAAAUCACUCCGAGGCCCCCAGGUCUUACACUGAAAUAAGCACAAGUAAAAUCCCAGUAAUUCUCCGAAUGAGGAGGACGCUCAUUUCAUGGCUUUCAUGAAUCAGCAGCCCAGCAUGGCCACUGAUGAAUGACUUCAGUUCCUGUCAGCUGAUCAUGUUUCGUUGAAAUUACAGGCUGGCUUCCUGAGAGAGCCUCGCACUCGUGUGCCUGUGGCAUCCGGCAGUCUGGGAUUCUCUGCUGUGAGUCCGAGGCAUGACCCAGCAUUCCUUCUUCACUUUGCCGGUUUCGUAAUGGAGAGUCUGAUGUCAUCAUUUUACUGCUGUGCAUCACAUAUAAGUAAACAGCAAUAAUAAUAAACCACAUCUCUUCCCUAUUUGCUCAAACCCAUGCUAGGGUUUUGCGAACAUCUUUCCGGGGCAAAAAUUUGAAAUUUGCCAUAAAUGUAUAAUAUGAUUUUCUUUUCUUCAAAUUUCACUUUCUUAGUGUCAGAUAGCGACACUUUAAUGUGUAUUUUGUAUUAUACCAUCUGCGCUUUACUCACCAGCAGAAGCUCUGUGUGUCUUUGUGUUGUAUUUUGAAUGUCGUUGCAGUAAGUUGUUGUUUGAAGGUUUCUCGACAUGCUGACACACCGGCUGUCUUUACCAGAUGAUUCCUGACCCUGGAAAUGGGUCUUUACCGAAAGGGAUCAGCUAAAUAAAUGCAGAUGCUGGACCACAGCCCCUGGGCCUGGUCACAGCUCGUUUUGAUGCUCACACAUGUCUGCCUCUCUCUGCAUCUGCAUCAGUGUGCUGGUCUGGUCAAGCCUUUGAAAAAUAAGGAACCUAAUUCUUUUUAAUAUAUAAUACAUCUCACGCUAAAGUACAAAACUUACUAACCUUAUUAUGCUGUGCUGUCAUCCAAAUACAAGAUGAUUACGUGAUCACAAGUAUCUGCUUUGGUCCAGAAUACCAAACACACAUGUGAGGCUGGUCCAACUUUGCUUAAAAUGUUUCACAUUUGUGCCCCUGUAAAAAACGCUAGUCGUAAUUCCGUGUAGCAUCACUAACUGUUAAUAAAAGUAACUUCUAAUGUAGGUAAACUAAUAAUUAAGCCACCUGCAUGUGUCCAACAUGUCCAUGUGUGGUUGCGAGUUUGUUAUAUGAUGCUAAUGUCUGGCUGAAUGUAUCCAUAAUUCAUUUGCUGUAAAUAUUAUAACUUGUUAGCUUGUAAAGGCUGUAAAUAAAUAGCUGUCAGCCUCGGUAAA